UAUGUCGUUGAUCUAUCGACGAAAUGAAACAAAAUGUGAUUUUAUUCAUUUUGGCCAUCGGUGCCAGGUUUAUUGUAAAAAAUAUCCAAGUAUUACCGAUUGUUACCAUUCAGAUCAAAAGUUAACUUUCAAUUGUUCAGAGAGCUCUUCUUCAGACAACAAUGACAUCAAAUGUACGGAUGAUAAAGACAGUAGCGAUUGGAUUACCAAAGUGAUUCUUGAAAAUUGUGAACGGCCACAAAUCCCGAAAAAUAUCUUUAAUGAUUACAAUAUCGACAACUUUAAUAUAUCGGGUCUGGGAAUAGAGUCACUAGACAUAGAAUGUAAAUCCGGCCAUAAUUCUUCUGUUCAUUUUGUGGCAGCUCAAAAUCAAUUCACUGAAUUGCCAACAAAAUUUCUUCGAAGCUGCAACUUUCGCAUAACCAUUGAAAUCGAUUUUUCCGGCAACAAAAUUACUGAAAUCAACUCAUCGGAUUUUAAGACUGGGUUGCAUAUUCUAAAUUUGGCCAACAAUAAAAUUAUCAAAAUGUUGGGUAAAUUACCUUAUACUUUGAUCAAUUUGGACGUAUCGCAAAAUAAUAUCACCGAAAUACCGAAAUUCGAUAGAUCAUCGACCAAUGACUGUGAUAUAAAGACCAUUGAUUUGUCAUUUAACAAAAUUAAAAGCGUGAAAUACGGAAUUUUUGGAGAGAAGUUGGAGUCUGUGAAUAUAUCGCACAACGAGCUUAUAAUAAUUAAUUCAACAUUUGUGCAGCAACGGUGCAUGCUGUUACACUCUUUGGAUGUUUCUUACAAUCAAAUCGAAACGAUUGAAAAUGGAGCAUUCAACAAUAGCGUCCAUUUAAGAUUUUUGAAUCUAUCAAAUAAUAAUAUAUCAAAUCUUAAUAACGAACUAUUUAGGAAACUUUUUGAUUUGAAGUCUUUGGAUUUAUCACACAAUAAACUGACCAGCAUCGAACCGUACGCAUUUUUCAUUCAAAUCAAUUUGGUGAGAUUGGAUUUGGCACACAACAACAUUUCGAAAUUCAACGGUAACAUGUUUUCGGAUUUGAUGGGGAACAUCGAGUUUAUGUCAAUUGAACAUAAUCCAGUAGAAGAAGUGAAUGGACUAAUGUGGUCGACUUAUUCAAAUACAGUUAAAAAUCAAGAGUUUAAAUGUAUUAAUUUGACAUCUAAAUACCCGAUUGAUCGCAUGAAUGAUGACACCAAAUUCACAAAGAUUAAUUGCAAACCAAAACCCGAACCUAUAUGUUCAUUUACAUGGAUUGUGUUUGGUAUUCUUGGUGUACUUUUUGUUAUCUUUUUAUUAUUUGUAUUUUCAAUGUGAAUCAAAAAAGACAAAUAUGGUCUCUGAUAUUUCUC